GGAUGGGCGUGGGACAGGGAGCCGCUGGCGUGGGGGGAGGGCGCGGAGGCAGAGGGCCGGCCAGGGAGAGAGUCGGGAAGGGUGCUGCUGGCCGGCCCUGGCAGUGAGGGCUCCCCGAUCCCUGCCGCCCCCCAGGAGCAGUGAUGUCCGUGCAGGUGGCGGCCCCCGGAAACGCGGGGCUGGGCCCAGAGCGCCUGAGCCCCGAGGAGCUGGUGCGCCAGACCCGACAGGUGGCCCAGGGGUUGGAGGCGCUGCGGGCGGAGCACCAUGGCCUGGCCAGGCACCUGGCUGAGGCCGUGGCAGGGCAGGGGCUGGGGGCCGGCCUGGAGCUGCUGGAAGAAAAGCAGCAGGUGGUGAGCCACGCGCUGGAGGCCAUCGAGCUGGGACUGGGGGAGGCCCAGGUGCUGCUGGCCCUGUCGGCGCACGUGGGCUCCCUGGAGGCGGAGAAACAGCGGCUGCGGGCACAGGCCCGGCGACUGGCCCAGGAGAACGCGUGGCUGCGCGAGGAGCUGGAGGAGACGCAGCGGCGGCUGAGGGCCAGCGAGGAGGCCGUGGCCCAGCUGGAGGAGGAGAAGAGCCACCUGCAGUUCCUGGGGCAGCUGCGGCAGUACGACCCGCCCGCGGAGAGCCAGCAGCCUGAAUCCCCGCCACGCCGCGACAGCCUGGCCUCCCUGUUCCCCAGCGAGGAAGACAGCAGGCAAGGUCCUGAGGCAGCGGGGGCUGCGGCCGCUCAGCAGGGGGGCUACGAGAUCCCAGCCCGCCUUCGCACCCUGCACAACCUCGUGAUCCAGUACGCAGGGCAGGGUCGCUAUGAAGUCGCCGUGCCCCUGUGCCGCCAGGCCUUGGAGGACCUGGAGCGGAGCUCGGGCCACUGCCACCCUGACGUGGCCACCAUGCUCAAUAUCCUGGCGCUGGUGUACCGGGACCAGAACAAGUACAAAGAGGCCACAGACCUUCUCCACGAUGCCCUGCAGAUCCGGGAGCAGACGCUGGGCCCCGAGCACCCCGCGGUGGCCGCCACCCUCAACAACCUGGCUGUGCUCUAUGGGAAGCGUGGGCGUUACCGGGAGGCUGAGCCGCUGUGCCAGCGCGCCCUGGAGAUCCGUGAGAAGGUCCUGGGCUCCGACCACCCGGACGUGGCCAAGCAGCUCAACAACCUGGCCUUGCUCUGCCAGAACCAGGGCAAGUUCGAGGAGGUGGAGCAGCACUAUGCCCGGGCCCUGAGCAUUUAUGAGGCCCUGGGGGGGCCCCACGACCAGAACGUGGCCAAGACCAAGAACAACCUGGCCUCGGCCUACCUGAAGCAGAACAAGUACCAGCAAGCGGAGGAGCUCUACAAGGAGAUCCUCCGCCGGGAGGCCCUGCCGGCGCCUCUGGGUGAGCCCCGCCCCCUGCCCCGCCCCCAGCCGGCCUCCACUGUCCCCACCGCACUGUCCGCCUCUGUUCUAGGAGCCCCCCGCACAGGCACAGCUGCUGACACAGACCAGACCCUGCGCCGCAGCAGCUCCUUCUCCAAGCUCCGUGAGUCCCUGCGGCGUGGAAGCGAGAAGCUGGUCUCCCGUCUGCGAGGCGAGGGGCUGGCCGGGGCCGCAGGAAUGAAGAGAGCCAUGUCGCUCAACAUGCUGAAUGUGGACGGUCCGAAGGCUGCAGGGACCCAGUUCACCGGCCAGCACCUGAGCGAGGCCGCUCGGAGCCUCAGCGCCAGCACCCAGGACCUGGGCCCCCGCUGAAGGUGACCAACCGCUGCAGCUUCUCAGGAAGAGGGGGGAGGCGCGGCCUUUCAUCUCCCAGACCUGCUCCCCAUUCUCCUCCUGCGAUUAAAGGC